AUGGUUUCUUUGUAUGAUAUGAUGCUGAAAAAGCCGACUUUCAAGCAUUUAUCGACGUCUAUUCCGUCAUUAGAUUCGCUAUUGAAGAAGAAUAUAAGUAAUGGCAUUUACGAUUUUGAAAGUGUUCCCAAUUGUACUGGAGCUUCGUUUGUUGUUGGGUCACUUAUAGUGUCUCAUUUAAGUCAUAGCAGUGAAAAUCGAGCCAUUAUUAUUGAUACUUUGCAUCCAUUUCCGUGGCAUAGUAUCGUGAAUAACCCAAAAUUUCAAGACGAGUGGUUAGAUGAUAAGUUGAUAUCGUAUAAAGCUGAUACUUUUGCUAAAUUAUUUGCACUUUUGAUGUCAGACAAGUUGGACGGGCCAAAGGAAUCGACAAUUGUUGUAAUUAAUAACUUCCAUGAGCUUCUCGAGCUAUAUAGAUUAGAGUUGUCUGCUGCGUACGAAGAGGCGCUUUUAAAAUUUCAGGUGCUAACGAACUCAAUCUUAAUAAAUAACAAAGAGAAGAGUAAGGCUGAAGGAUACCAGCCCAAGUUGCCCGAAAUACCGUCACAAUCAGCAUUACUAAGAGAAAAUCCUGCCUUAAAGUACCAGUCGCAUGUUAGUACAUUAACUAAUAUGAUAUCACAGUAUACAUAUAAAAACAGUCUGAUAUGCAUUUUGCUUGGAUACCUCAGUUCCAAGUAUCAGAAUUAUCGUCCGAAGCCAUUUUUGACUAAUAAUUCUGGGUAUGAUAGUCAAAUACCUUCUUCAGCAUCUUCAAGUACAUCAUUGUCACAAACAAGACCGAACCUGGGGUAUGGUGGGGGACGCCUAGUCUUAUGUGCCUCACUAGGAGGUAAUUAUACUCCUACUAAUUCUGCAUCUGCAUCUUCAUCGAGGAAGACUUCAAGCUCUACAAAUUCUUCAUUAGAUAGUUUUAUCACAUCAAGACUAAUUUUCUACAAAGAUUGGUACCACAAAACAUCACAUUUCAAAGAAAACCAUCCUUCACAACUAGAUGAACUGCAAAAAAGGUUAAUCAAUUCUUCUCAAUUGAAAAUGGUAUUUGCGGUGAAGACGAUAAAUCUACACAGGGUGGGAUCUGAAAACCGCCCAGUGUAUUUUGAUUAUGAUAAUGGCUAUUAUGACGAUUUCGACGAAGAAGAGGAGAUAACAGAAGCUUCUAAAACUAGCCAUAUUAAGAUUAUAGAUUUGUCGGGUCCAAUUCUGCAAUCAACGAAUAAUACUCCGGAGCCAUUACCUCUAUUACAAACAACCAUCACACAGCCCGAGGCCGCUGGUUCGAACGGAAUUUCGAUUGGUAUUAAUGAUAUGAAUGACACAAUAUGGGACAAAGAAGGACUUCUUCCUUCGUCACCGAACCUAACAGAGAGCCAAAUUAACACGUUCUUGCCGUCUGCCGAUUCACAGAAUAUAAGCAAAAGUCAUCUUUCGCAGUUAUUCCAAGAAAAUGAAAAUUCUCCUCAAGGUUCUAGGCAUAAAGAUAGCGGGGAUCAUGAGCUGGAGAUAGAUGCUUCCGAUGAUGAAAUUAUGGGUUCAUUGCUAGUAAAUAUAGUUGAUGAAGCUACGAAUUAG